CCACAAUGAAUAUUGAAAUGGAAAGAACCGAAAAAAUAGGUACCUAUCACUUUCCACAAUGAAUAUGCUGCGCACUACUGCUGUAUCUGCUGGUCUCUUCCAAAAAUGCCCCAAUCCAUAUAAACGGCAAAUAAUAAAAUUCAAUUACAGGCGCUCCAAGUCGAUGUCAACAAUGGCAAGUGCAGAUAGCUUGCCAGAGCACGUCAUGAAGGUGGCAGCCAUUUCUGGAUCUCUCAGAAAAUCUUCCUUUAAUCGGGGUUUACUUCGUUCUGCUGUUGAGAUUGCGAGGGAAAGCAUACCACAUAUGGAGAUUGACAUCUUGGAAAUUGGGCAUCUUCCAUUUGUAAAUACCGACCUGGAAGUAGACAAUAGAUUUCCUCCAUCAGUGGAGGAGUUCAGGGCCAAGGUUCUGCAGGCUGACUGCAUACUCUUUGCAUCUCCAGAGUACAAUUAUUCUGUAUCUAGUCCUUUGAAGAACGCCAUUGACUGGGCUUCCAGACCUCCCAAUGCUUGGGCCGACAAGCCUGCAGCUAUAAUGAGUGCUGGGGGAGGAUUUGGCGGCGCACUAGCUCAAAACCAUUUGAGGCAAAUUGGGAUUUACAUUGAUUUGCAUUUUAUCAACAAACCUGAGCUUCGCAUCAGAGCAUUUGAACACCCCACAAAAUUUGACGGUGAUGGAAAUCUUGUUGAUGAUCAAAUAAGGAAGGAGGUGAAAGAACUGCUGCUAUCCUUGUCUGCAUUUACUCGCAGACUUCAAAACAAAGAAGUACCAAGUUAAAUAUGGCAAUGGUACAUGGGCAAUUACAUUAAAUUUGACCAUUUAUGCGUUCAUAAAGAUGAAAUAGCCGUUUGCGGCUCCUCCUAAUUCAAUGAUUGAAUAUAGGAAGUAACAAUAUUUAAUUAUUGCUAAUUAAUUAGUAUAUCUAUAUUUUAAAAAUAUAUGUAAAAUAUGUUGAGAGAUAUCUUAUAAAAUAAAUGUUCUUCUAGCUA